GGAGCGCAUCAGAAGUACACACAGUAACGGACUCGCGGCAAGGAGCCACUUCCGCCCACACGAAAAAUGGCGGCUCCCUUGAUGGAGAAAAUAUCGGAAUCUUUAGGUUCCACAGAACCAGCGCUUCGACUCAUUCUGUCCGUUUUAAGUGGGUACCCCUGCGCCCUCUUAUAUCGACGGUUCCUCUUCUACCAGUCCCCCUUUGUUCUUCACUUGUUCCACACGGUAUCUGGACUUGGAUUUGCAGCUUUUAACUUUGGCCCUCAGCUCUAUCACUCUGCAGUAUGCAUCUUAGUCCAGUUCCUGAUGCUGAGGCUCAUGGGAAGGACAAUAACAGCCAUCCUCAGCAGCUUUGUGUUUCAAAUGGUUUACCUGCUGGCUGGUUAUUACUACACUGCAACAGAGGAGUACGACAUCAAAUGGACCAUGCCCCAUUGUGUUCUCGCGCUCAAACUCAUUGGUUUGUCAUUUGAUUACUAUGACGGUGGGAAAGAACCAUCCGAGCUGAAUCCAGAGCAGCAGAAGUCGUCCCUGUCCUCCGUCCCCUCCCUGCUAGAGAUGUACGGCUUCGCCUACUUCUACGGAGGCUUCCUGGUGGGGCCCCAGUUCACGCUGCGCAGCUACCAGAGGCUGGUGGCAGGGGAGCUGACUGACUGCCCUGGACAGCCCCCCAACAGCAUUUUACCUGCUAUGAAGAGAUUUUCCUUGGGCCUCCUCUGCCUGGGCAUCUACAUGAUAUUCAGCCCGUACUACUCCGAUAGCUACUUCCUGGAAGACGAAUACGAGGCUCAGCCCUUCUGGUAUCGCUGCGUGUUCAUCCUGCUCUGGGCUAAAGUCAUCCUCUACAAAUAUGUCAGCUGCUGGGUCAUCGCGGAAGGGGUGUGCGUGCUGUCGGGACUCGGCUACAACGGGCUUGGUUCGAACGGGGAGCACACGUGGGACGCCUGCGCUAACAUGAAGGUGUGGCAGUUCGAGACCACGCCCCUUUUCACGGGCACCAUUGCAUCGUUCAACAUCAACACUAACGCCUGGGUUGCCAGGCACAUUUUCAAGCGGUUGAAGUUCCUGGGAAACAAGGUCAUGUCUCAGAUGGCUACCCUGCUCUUCCUUGCCCUGUGGCACGGCCUCCACUCGGGGUACAUCCUCUGUUUCUCCAUGGAGUUCAUCAUCGUUAACGUGGAAAGAAAGUACCAAGCCCUGGUGAAGGACAGCCCCCUGCUCACUAAACUGGCUCAAGGCCCCUUUUACCCGCUGUUCUACGUCGCUCAGCAGUUCAUCCACUGGCUGUUCAUGGGCUAUCCUCUGGUGGCAUUCUGCCUCUUUACAUACGACAAAUGGCUCAAGGUGUACUCGUCCGUGUAUUUCUGUGGUCAUGUGUUCUUCUUCUUAAUCUACAUGGCCUUGCCAUACCUGCGCAAGCUGCUGGUGCCGAGAAAAGAACAGACUGAGAAAAAGGAGGACUAAAAGUUGAUAUGGUUUAUAUGAAUGAAUAACCACACCCUCAUGAUGUGACAGAAGGGAACAGAUCUGAACAUAUUUUAAGGCCUUUAGUAAUAUAUAUUAUAUGUUCGUGUACAAAUGUUUUCUUUUGAUAUAUUUUUGUGCUUUGGACGAGAGGGGCAUUUUAGGAAUCGAAGGACAAAAGGAUGCAGGAAAUGAUCGUUGUGUCACAUGGGUAAAUGUGAGCCGAUCAGGGACUUCCUGUGAAUUUUUAUUUUAUUAGUUUUUUUUUUUUUUUUUUGACAUGUUGGAGGGAUUACACUGAACUUGAGAGACUGCAGCAUUGUGUACACAGAAUUGCACUCGCCAUUCGUGGGUUUCGGUUUUGCCGAUGGCUCUGUUUUAUUAUCGCGUCCUUUUUCAACCCUCACCACCCAGACUAACUGAACCUGUGCAGGACCAUGGUUCGGCCGCACCUGAAAAUGCAUUUGUCACUUUUCAGAUUUAAUACUACAAAAUGCAUUUCACUUUAUGAAAUUUGUGUGUAAGUGAUUGCUGCUCUGAUAGGGAUGAUGCCAUCAGACUGUGGAGGAGGGUGUGACUGGGUGUCAUAAACAUGGUUUGCCCAUCACUCACAUGAAACACUGUAAACCACACUGUAUGUACACACAUGACUCGAAAUGGCCUUGUAUUAUCAAUGAAUGUUUUUACAUUUUUGGUUGAAAUUUCGAUUUUUUUUUGUGAUGGAUGACUAGAUUUUAUAGCUGUUCUAGGAAGUUCUGAAAAUACAAUUUUGUAGUUCGGGGUAACGUUCCAUUGGAAGGAUUUUAUGGCACUUGUCUUUUCAUGCUCUGUGUCCAUUUUUUGACAUCUCUUGUGCUAUCCAUGCCCCUUGCACUCCACUGAGUCAAUCCCUACCUCCUGUGUUGAUGAAAAGUUUAAUUCCGUUAAAACUGGAGCUUAAAACCACCACUUUUGUACUUAGAGACAUCACCAUUCUCAUGUAGGCAUCAUCAAUAGUCUCCUCUGAUGAUAAGUUGGCAGAAGACUGACCUGGCUACGCGAAAAAAUAUGCCAUCUCACCAGAGCCGGAGGUUUAGACGCAUGCGUCUGAUCCUAGAUCAUUGGGAAGGUGCGCACCCGCCACCUUCGGCCCUUCAAAGAGCGGGAAAGCAUCAACAAGAGAGCAGCGAUUCACUGUAGCAUCAACCCAGAUUUUAAUAAUAUUUAUACUUGCAGUAAUAAUUAAUUUAUGUCAAUUAAUUGUUAUUAUUCCAGAGACUACUUUUUUGCCUUACCGCUACCAAAUGUACAAAGGAAAAGAGAAAAUGAAAAAAUAAUUUUAAAUAAACUUUUUUGUAAUGUUCAUUAAAAUGCUGG